AUGAGCAGUGAUCCAGAACCAGUCACAUGUCCUGACCUUGGUAAACUGGCCACCUUGCCAUUCCACCAGUCUGCUCCUGGAAGCAAUGGGCACUUCUUGGAAGGGACCCCACAUUGGGCAUGUGCGGUGCUUGAAAUGAGUCUCUCCUUCGCCAUGGGAGCCACGGAGUGUGUGCUCCUGGGCAUGAUGGCGUUUGAUCGCUAUGUGGCCAUCUGCAACCCCCUUAGAUACCCUGUGGUCAUGAGCAAGGCUGCCUAUGUGCCCAUGGCUGUCAGCUCCUGGGUGGCUGGUGGUGCUAACUCCUUGGUGCAGAUCUCCCUUGCGGUGCAGUUGCCUUUCUGCGGGGACAAUGUCAUUAAUCACUUCAUCUGUGAGAUCCUGGCCGUCUUAAAGCUAGCCUGUGGUGACAUCUCCAUCAAUGUCAUCAGCAUGGGGGUGGCCAAUGUGAUCUUCCUGGGGGUUCCAGUUCUGUUCAUCUUUGUCUCCUACAUCUUCAUCCUCUCCACCAUCCUGAGGAUCCCCUCUGCCGAGGGGAGGAAGAAGGCCUUCUCCACCUGCUCUGCCCACCUCACCGUGGUGAUCGUCUUCUAUGGGACCAUCCUCUUCAUGUACGGGAAGCCCAAGUCCAAGGACCCACUGGGGGCAGACAAGCAGGACCUUGCUGACAAGCUCAUCUCCCUCUUCUAUGGACUGCUGACCCCCAUGCUGAACCCCAUCAUCUAUAGCCUGAGGAACAAGGAUGUGAAGGCCGCUGUGAGGAACCUGGCAAGUCACAGAUGCCUCACCUCAUAA